CUCUGGCGCUGCUGAACGUGAAGUCAACGCUGGGAGUGACGUUCACCAGCUGGGCGGCUGCAUCGCCCUGCGCCAUUGCCAACUCCACCAUCACCAUAGGAGGCACCUGGACCGGCGUGCUCUGCUCCGCUGCUGGCAACGUUCUCAGCGUUGCCCUCACCUACCUGUCAGUGCCCUCACCUACCUGUCAGUGCCCUCACCUACCUGUCAGUGCCCUCACCUACCUGUCAGUGCUGCGCAUGUAUACUGCAUCUGAGAGCCACGACCUCUCGAACAACCUGCUGCUUGGAAGCCUUGACAAAUUCGCCUCCUCCUUCUCGGGCCUCAAGGCGCUCCUGCAGCUGUCAGUGCCGCCCGCCUCACCCUCACCGCGCUCACCCAUGCCACUCGAAUCCGCCCUGCUCUCGAUCGUGUUGCUCUCAGCUGUACUGCUCUCGAUCGUGUUGCUCUCAGCUGUACUGCUCUCGAUCGUGUUGCUCUCAGCUGUACUGCUCUCGCUCGUGUUGCUCUCAGCUGUACUGCUCUCGAUCGUGUUGCUCUCAGCUGUAUUGCUCUCGCUCGUGUUGCUCUCAGCUGUAUUGCUCUCGAUCGUGUUGCUCUCAGCUGUAUUGCUCUCGCUCGUGUUGCUCUCAGCUGUAUUGCUCUCGCUCGUGUUGCUCUCAGCUGUAUUGCUCUCGACCGCGUUGCUCUCAGCUGUAUUGCUCUCGAUCGUGUUGCUCUCAGCUGUAUUGCUCUCGAUCGUGCGCCUCAACAACAACUGGUUCGCGGGCUCCUUUCCUCAGACCCUCAUGUCGCUUCCCGCCCUCACUCUGCUGGACGUGCACGCAAACACACUGACAGGGUCACUGCCCGCCGUGUCAUCCAUGCUGCAGGCGCUCUUCCUGCACGACAACUUCCUCGCCGGCACCUUCACCCCCACCGCUGCCCUCACCGCGUGUGACGCCAGCCUCAACUGCCUCACCAGCGCCGCCGCGUGUGGGGCCAGCAGCACCACUCAGAGGGUCGCUGCUGCGUGUGCCAUCUGCGACAGUGCGGACGCCCAAGGGCUGCUGUGCUGGGGGGGCGUGUGCCUGCCUAACGUCACUUUCUCCACCGCACACCCUGACGGGCUUGCCCCGCCGCCCAUGUACUGCAAUGCGCAAGCGCUGGCGGCGCUGAAGAGUGCGAUCGGGGUGACGUUCACCACGUGGGCGCCCGCCACCUACUGCACCGUGGCGCCCACCGCCGUCAUUGCCGGCACGAGGACCGGCGUGCUCUGCAACUCCCUCGGCAAAGUCCCUACGUUGAAGGCAGUGCCAACUGCAGCCACUUUCCUCGGCUCUCCUGCCCUGCUGCUUGCUCAGGCCAUGCUGAUGGCGCAACUCGCCAACAGCAAGCUCACGGGCACUCUGCCACUCGCUGUCUCCACCCUCACAGCGCUCACUGCCAUCCCGCCCUUGCUUUCCACCAACUGCCCUAGCCACUAUGAAAGCAUACCCCUCUCACUUCCUGCAUUCUCAGCUGUCCAUUGUCUCCACCACUCUCCUCAUUCUCUCUCCUCAUUCUCUCUCCUCUCCUCAUUCUCUCUCCUCAUUCUCUCUCCUCUCCUCAUUCUCUCUCCUCUCCCCACUCUCCUUCCUCUCUGCCCCGCCCCUCAUUCUCUUCCCCCCUCUCUGCCCCGCCCCUCAUUCUCUUCCCCCCUCUCUGCCCCGCCCCUCAUUCUCUUCCCCCCUCUCUGCCCCGCCCCUCAUUCUCUUCCCCCCUCUCUGCCCCGCCCCUCAUUCUCUUCCCCCCUCUCUGCCCCGCCCCUCAUUCUCUUCCCCCCUCUCUGCCCCGCCCCUCAUUCUCUUCCCCCCUCUCUGCCCCGCCCCUCACUCUCUCUCCUCUCCACCCCUCCCCCCAGCGACCUCACCUCCAACCUCUUCCAGGGUCGCCUGGACGAAGUUGCCACGCAGCUGCGCCUGCUCACCAACCUCAAAGCCAUCGACCUGGCCUACAACUGGCUCUCCGGCUCGGUGCCUGCGUUCAUGCUCACCCUUCCCAGCCUCACGGAGAUCACUCUAGGCUACAACUACCUGACGGGCGCGCUGCCCCCGGUGACAUCCCCGCUCUCAGUGGUGGACGUGCAGUUCAACUUCCUCGCCGGCACCUUCCCCACGCUCAACCUCACCCUCUGCGCCGCGCGCAUGAACUGCUUCCUCGACGCCACCAAGUGCAAGAACCCCAACCGCGCCGCCGAGCUCCCGCGGGCCGCUGCUGCCUGCGCCAUCUGCAACACGACCAACGCGCAGGGCCGGCUGUGCAGCGGCGGGCUGUGCACCGUCAACGCCACGGACCUCGUGGCACUCGGUGCUCCCAACAGUGCCGCGUCUCCCACACUGCCGCUCAUCUGCGUGGGAGCGGCGUUUGUGGCGAUGGACUCGGUGCAUACGGGUGCCAUGCUGAACCUCAAGGCGUCGCUGGGAGUGACCUUCACCGACUGGAAGGCCGACUCGCCCUGCUCCCUGCCCGGCGCCGUUGCCCCUGGUUCGUGGAGCGGGGUCACCUGCGACGGCACUGGCAAAGUGCUCGGCAUAGUCCUCAACUCGCAAAUGCUGGGAGGCAGCAUCCACUCAGACAUCUCCAAGCUCACCACGCUCACAUCACUUGACCUGCAGUCCAACCUGCUGCAGGGGCGGCUGGACUCCUUCACUGCCGGCAUCAAGGCGCCCCUCGUGCUCAAGGAGCUGAGCUGUGAGUCCCUCGUGCUCAAGGAGCUGAGCUGUGAGUCCCUCGUGCUCAAGGAUCUCGCUCUGCAAUUCAACUACCUGUCUGGACAGUUCCCCUCCACGCUUCUCGCCCUCACCACCCUCUCCAAGCUCUCCGUGGCCUACAACUACCUCACGGGUCCCUUCCCAACCGUGCCGGCAUCAGCAAAGUCGCUGGACGUGCAGGGAAACUUCCUGUCGGGUUCCUUCCCCACCAACGCGCUCACCUACUGCGCCGCCACCACCAACUGCCUCACCGACGCCAACAACUGCGCCUCCCUCGGCAUCACCCAGCGCUCCGCCUCCGACUGUGCCAUCUGCGGCACCGCCUUUGGCCAGGGCACGCUGUGCGGGGGUGUGCCGUGCCUGGUCAACACCACGGGGGUCACGGCGCCUCCCACUGCCACGUCUCCCCCUCUCAACCUCUACUGCACGCCUGUUGCACUGGACACCAACACCACCACAACGCUGCUGGCGCUGAAGGCGGUGCUGGGAGUGACGGCCACGGACUGGAGUGCAACGACGGUGGCACUGAAGCCCAAGGCACUGAAGAGCAGCAGCGUGCCCCUCGCCACCAUGGUGGGCGCCUGCACCGUCGACGGGCAGACCCCUGCUCCCGGCUCGUGGACUGGUGUCUACUGCAACACCGCUGGCGCCAUCGUCGCCCUGUUGCUGCCGAACCAGAAGCUGACUGGAAGCCUAUCCUCCGACAUCAGCAAGCUCACAGCGCUCACCGCACUCAAGCUGAACCGCAACUACCUGACGGGGGUGGUGCCCACCGUGGGGGUAGCGGUGAAGGCGCUGAACGUGGCAGACAACUUCCUCUCGGGCUCCUUCCCCACUGCGGCCCUCACGGCGUGCGAUGCGCGCUCCAACUGCUUCGUGGACGCCUCCAAGUGCACCAACACCAACGGCACCGCGCAGCGCGCCACUGCCGACUGCAACGUCUGCGGCUCCACCGGGGCUGCCGGCAUGCUGUGCGGCGGCGGCUUCUGCACUCCCAACGCCACAGUGCCGGCCGGCACGGGCACGCCCAACACGGAGGGGCAGGCGGUGCUGCCGCUGUUCUGUCAGGGCGGCCCCAUCGAGGUCAACAUGCGCGGCGCCAUGCUCAACCUCAAGGCAUCACUGGGCGUCACUCUUACUGACUGGCUCGCCACCUCGCCGUGCAACAUCGCAGGGCAGAACACGGUGCCGGGGGCGUGGUCUAAUGUGGUCUGUGACACCGCCGGCAAGGUCUUGAGCAUCAUCCUGGACAGCAACCUGCUGCAGGGCCGCCUGGCGUUCUUCACGUCGGCCUUCAAGGGGCUCUCAGCGCUCAAGCAAUUGUCAGCCGCCUCUGCCUGCCUGCCCCCCACCUGCCCUCUGCCGCCCAUCCCAUUAUCCCUGUUGCAAGCUUCAUCGGACUUUGCAGCACUGCUUUCUCUGCUCUCCGCUGUUCCGCUUGCUCACGCUCUCUUGCUUGUGUGUUGCUGGUCUGUCUUGCCCUCACUCACUGCUGCCUGUGCCCGUGCCUGCUCUACCUCUCUCCCCUUCCCCCGCUGCCUGCCAAUCUGCAGCAAGGCACGCUUCAACUUCUUUGCGGGACCGCUGCCUUCUGCACUGCUCACACUCCCCACACUCACCAACCUGUACCACUGCCACCCUAGUCGCUCCCCCCCCCCCUCUUCUAACAUGCCACCUGCUCGUUUUGCUCUUUUGUGUCACCGAUCUUCUUCCUUGCCUCGUGCGUUCACCCGGACGCUCCUGAAGCAAAGCGACAUGAGCUACAACUACCUCACAGGCACCGUCCCCGCCACUGUAGGCACGGCGCUCAAGUCACUCAACAUCGGAGGCAACUUCCUGUCAGGCAGCAUCGGCACCCUCACCGGCGUGACGUGCUCGGCAGCACUCAACUGCCUCACCUCCCAGGGCGGCUGCACCUCCGGCGGCGUUCUCAACCGCGCCGGCUGUGGCAUCUGCGGCAGCCCUGACGGCCAGGGCACUCUGUGCGGCGGUGGGCUGUGCGUGCCGAAUGCUACGGAGGCAGUGGCGGGUAACAGCGUCCCCACGCUGUCCACGCCCAUCAUGAGCAUGUACUGCACGGGGGUCAUCAUCGACGCUGCCUCAGUCACAGCGCUGGGCAACAUAAAGACGGCGCUGGGAGUGACCUUCACGGACUGGGUGGCGCCCACGGCACUGCUCAAGCCCAAGGCAGCGGGCAGCACGGGCAGUGGCAGUGUGGCGCUGACGGACUGGCUCACCACGGGCGGCUACUGCACGGUGGAGGGACAGACCCCCGUCGCUGGCGCCUGGUCUGGCGUAUUUUGCAACGCCCUCGGCCAGCCCGUCAGCCUUCGACUCAAAAGCGUGCUCUGCAGCUCCCUCUGCCAUGCUUUUGAGUCGACUCAAAAGCGUGCUCUGCAGCUCCCUCGGCCAGCCCGUCAGCCUGUCAGCACCCUCUCACCCUCUGCCCCCUGCUGCGCUCUCGUUUUUCCUUCUGCAGCUGCUGCUCGGGCUGUUGCAGUGCCUGUCUUGCUGUUCAAGCCACUACCAAUGCACGUAACCAUGGCAGCAUGUAACUCGCCUCCCCGCCAUGCCCCUCCCUCCUCCCCACCCCAUGCUGGCAGGAAGCUGGACAAUCAGAAGCUCACCGGCUCAUUCCAUGCUGACAUCAGCAAGCUCUCCACGCUCACCAUGCUUGCCGACCACAUGCUCCCCUAUGCCGAGCGCCAAUGCCGGGCGGUAGGCAGGACACCCGCUCCACUCCUCCAUGCCUUCAUGCCCUCCCUCCCUCCGCUCCACCCCCUCCUCCCCCCUCUCCUCUCCUCGCACCACAAUCUGCUGCUGCCCGUGCAGGGAUUGUCUUGCCUCUGUGAGUGUCUUGCCUCUUGUUUUGCCUCUUGUCUUGCAAACCUGCGAUCGCUCCGCCUCAACAACAACUAUCUCUUCGGCUCUGUGCCCCUCUGGCUCGUCUCCUUCGCCAAGCUCACCAACCUGUCAGUGCCCCACCGUGUCCCACCCUGCCCCACCCUGCUCCACCCUGCCCUCACCUGCCACAAAGUUAUCAAUCAACCCCUGCCACCCCAGCCGCCCCUAGCCUCGUGCAUUUCCCAAUCGUUUUACAAUCCAUGUUAUCCCCUCUGCUCCAUCCAUCUGUGGCCUCUCGUGUAUCAUGCUCUCCCUCACCCUUGCCUCUUGUGCCGCAUGCCGCUGUCCCUUGGCCCUCUUCCGUGCCCCAUGCGGCCGUCCCCUUAUCUCCUCCCUCAUCCGCCCCUUUCCUACCCUUCCAACCUCCUCCCUCCCUCUCCCCAUUCCUUCUCCUCCCCCCGGCCUGCGUGCAGCGAGCUGAGCAUGAACGCGCUCACGGGCACGUUCCCAGCACCCAUCUCCACCGCACUCAAGCGCCUCAUGGUGGACCAGAACUUCCUGGGCGGCACCUUCCCAGCCAACAGCGCCACCUACUGCACGGCCUACUACAACUGCAUCACCUCCUACACCACCUGCCCCGCCGUCUACCCCAACCUGCCUCAGCCCAGCUAUGGGUGCCAGUUCUGUGGCACCACCAACGCGCUGGGCACGGCGUGCAUGGGCAACCCGUGUGUGCCGGUGACGCCGUCGCCCAUCACGGCGGUCAACAAGUGGAACCCCGUCCCUGUCAUGCGCUGCGAUCCUGUCCCCAUCCAAGCCACUCAAGUGUGUUCCGCUCCUUUCCUGUGCCCCACGCUGUGCCCCACGCUGUGCCCCACGCUGUGCCCCACGCUGUGCCCCACGCUGUGCCGCACGCUUGUUCUCAACGGUGUCAAAGCGUCAGGCUUCUUCCCUCCCGACUCCUCAAAGCUCUCUGCGCUCACCAGGCUUGACUUCUCGGUGAACUUCUUCACCAACCGCAUCGACACCUUCCUUGCGCCCUUCCUUCCCAUCAAGACCCUCAACACCCUCCGCCUCCACCAGAACUACUUUUCGGCCUCCUUCCCGGCCAGCAUCUCCCCCUCAUUACCAUCUUUUGAGACGUCCCCUAACUUGUUUCACCCCCCUCUUUGCUGCGCCCAUGCAUGCAGUCGCCUCCACCAGAACUACUUAUCAGGCUCCUUCCCAGCCAGCAUCUCCGCCCUCACUGCCCUCACAGAACUGCGCCUGAACCUGAACUACCUGACGGGCAGCAUGCCGGCAGCACUGCCAGCAUCCCUCAAGGUGAUCGACCUGUCGAACAACUACCUGGUGGGCACCUUCCCCACCACCACCGCCACCUCCGUCGCCUGCGCCAGCAACUGCCUGCAGGACGCCUCCAAGUGCCCCGCCGGCUCUGCUCAGCGCGCUGCAGGCGGCUGUGCCAUCUGCGAGACGACCGACGCCACGGGCAGGAUGUGCGGCGGCGGCGUCUGCACGCCCAACGCCACGGCGCUCAUCGCAGCGCAGACGGUCAACCCCGACACGGCGCCGCUCUACUGCCUCGGGGCGUCCAUGGACCCUGCAAUGGGUGAGUGCGCUGGGGGGUGCACUGCGGUGUGUGGCGGCGGCAUCUGCACGCCCAACGCCACAGCGCUCAUCGCAGCGCAGACGGUCAACCCCGACACGGCGCCGUUCUACUGCCUUGGGGCGUCCAUGGACCCUGCUAUGGCGCUCAUCGCAGCGCAGACGGUCAACCCCGACACGGCGCCGCUCUACUGCCUUGGGGCGUCCAUGGACCCUGCUAUGGCGCUCAUCGCAGCGCAGACGGUCAACCCCGACACGGCGCCGCUCUACUGCCUCGGGGCGUCCAUGGACCCUGCUAUGGCACUGCUGUGUCUCUCUGCAGCCACGUUACUCCCGCAUGCUCACCCACCCAUGCUGUGUGCGCCUCCAGCGGCGGCGCUGCUGAACGUGAGGGCAGCACUUGGAGUGAUGCUCACGGACUGCUGCCUCUCCGUCCCUCCCCUGCCAUUCCUCACCUCUCCCCCAUUACCAUUCAAUCCCAACCUUAGCGGCGGCGCUGCUGAACGUGAGGGCGGCACUUGGACGGCGGUGCUGCUGAACAUGAGGGCAUCGCUGGGGGUGACGUUCACGGACUGGGCGCUGGACUCGCCGUGCACCAUCCAGGGGCUGCCGCCGCUGCCAGGCGCCUGGUCCAACGUCAUCUGCAACGUCUCCGGCAAAGUCAUGUCCAUUAAUCUGCGCUCCAACCUGCUGGAGGGCCGUCUGGACGUCUUCACGACCAACUUCAAGGCGCUCACGGCGCUCAAGGAAGCCUACUUUGACUUCAACUGGUUCACAGGGCCGAUCCCGUCCACCCUAGUCACCAUCGCGACCCUCUCCACCUUUGGUGCGAGCUACAACUACCUGUACGGUUCCAUUCCCGCUCCAGGCGCGGCACUCAAGGCCAUAGCGCUGGACGGCAACUGGCUGUCGGGCACCUUCCCUGGAACCGGCUUCUCCUCCUGCUCCGCCACCAGCAACUGCCUCGCCAGCAUCGGCGCCUGCACCACGCUCGGCACCGUGCAGCGCGCCGCCGCCGCCUGCGCCGUCUGCGACACCGCAGACGGCUCAGGCACCGUGUGCGGCGGCGGCACGUGUGCACCCGACACAGCUGCGCCUCUCAGCACCAGCACCCCCAACAGCGCGACGGCGGCGGUGCUGCCGUGGUUCUGCGUCGGCGUGCCACUGGACGCCACGCAGGGCAACAUCCUGCUGGCGCUCAAGACCACGCUGGGCGCCACCUUCUCUGAUUGGACCGCCUCCACACUCGCCGCCCCCAAGGCCACCUCCACCAAGCCCAAGAAGGGGCCCAAGCGCCGGUCCCUGCAAGGGAGGGGGUCAGGGCUGCUGUACGACUGGAAGGCGGUGGGGUCGUGCACCAUCCAGGGCCAGACGCCCAUUGCUGGCUCUUGGACUGGCGUGCGCUGCUCUCCGCUCGGCCAAGUCGUCAGCCUGCGGCUGUCGUCCAACCUCUUCUUCAGCCGCCUCGACUCCUACAUCGUGCCCAUCACGCCCACCGCCAGCCUCAAGGAGCUCUGGUUCAAUUAUGUGUAUGUCUGUGUGCGUGCUCCCUCGUCCUCCCCGUCCCCCCCUCCUCCCCAACCCCCCACCAGCCACAUCAACUUCAACUGGUUCUAUGGCACCGUCCCCACCACGCUCGUCAACAUGCCAGCCCUCUCCAUUCUCCCGCACCGCCCCCCACACCCUCCUCCACUCAACAUCCUUUCCCCACCUAACCCACUGCCCCAUCGCUCUCACUCCUUCACGUCGCUUCAAGCUCCCCUCCACCCACCCGUUCCUAACACACAGCCGAUGCUUCGCCUGCGUUGGUGCGUGCGUGCAACUCUUCCCCCAAACCCCAGUGUGGUGAGCUACAACUACCUCACAGGCACACUGCCCAAGCCAGGGGCAUCACUCAAGGCGCUCGACACAGAGUUCAACUUCCUCUCAGGCUCCUUCCCCGUCGCCUCUCUCGCCUACUGCACAGCCCGCAGCAACUGCUUCGUCAACGCCACCGCGUGCCUGAACCUUGACGGGACCGUGCAGAGGGGCACAGGCUGCAACGUGUGUGGGUCCAGCAAUGGGCAGCUGCCGCUGUGUGGUGGGGCGGUGUGCACGCCCGACCCCUCGGCGUAUGUGACGUCCAAAGUACCCAACAGCGCCUCCGCUCCCACCCUCGCCCUCAAGUGCCCUUCCUUGCCCCUCGAUGCCACGAGCUUGUGCCAUGCUGCCAUGCUGCCUGCUGCCUUACCUGCUACUCAGAUGUGUAUGUACGUAUGGGAGUGCGUGGGCGUGCAUGCACACUUGCUCACCCGUUUCUCCUCACGCUGCCCCCCCCCACCAUCUCCACCCCCCCACUCCCGCUCCUCCUGCAUGUGUCCGCUGGUGAACAUAGGGGCGGCGCUGGUGAACAUAGGGGCGGCGCUGGUGAACAUAGGGGCGGCGCUGGGAGUGACGCACAGAUUCUCACCAAUGUCUUGUUUCCUUUCUUCUGUGCGUGCUGCUGCCCCCCCUCACUCCUCUGCCUUCGCCCUGCAUCUGGGGUACAAUCUGCUGUACGGCCGCCUUUCCACCUUUGUCUCCAACAUCACGCCGCUCACCUCCAUUGUCACCCUGUGCGUCCCCUCGCCCCUCUCCUCCCCUUCCACCCUCAUAUCACAUGCCUCCCACCCUCAUCUCACAUGCCUCCCACCAUCCGCUCACCUUCCCCUCACUUUGCCAACCUUUUCUAGCACUACCUUCCUUUUCCCCUCUCUUUGCUCACGCGUCCUCCUCUCCAUGUGUGUGCGCCCCCCCCACAUGUGUGCGCCUCUCUGCAUGUGUGCGCCUCUCUGCAUGUGUGCGCCUCUCUGCAUGUGUGCGCCUCUCUGCAUGUGUGCGCCUCUCUGCAUGUACGUCAACCUCUCGCCCGCCAGCAACCUCAACUUCAACUACCUCUACGACAGCGUGCCCUCCACUCUGCUCAACAUGGCAUCGCUCACAGAAAUCCGUCUGAGUGCCAACUACCUGACGGGCACGCUGCCAGCUGUGCCCACCAAGCUCAAGUACCUGGCCGUCAACCACAACUUCUUCGCCGGCGCCUUCCCCAAUCAAGCCUUCCAGUUCUGCGACAUCCGCAACAACUGCUUCUCAAACCUUGGCACCUGCUACAACGCCUACGGCGUGGCUCAGCGCACCUCCGGCUGCAACAUCUGCGCCACCAGCAACGCCGCCCCACCCCUCUGCAGCGGCGCUCCCUGUAUUCUCAACGCCACGAGUGUUCUGGCGGCUGGCACGGUGAACAGCCUCACGGCGGUCGUGCAGCCCUUCUACUGCGGACCUGCUAUCAUCGAUGCCACUGCUGGUGAGUGCACACCCACAUCUCUGCGUCACAUGCGCUCCGUGUGUUCUCAACGCUAUGGCCCCCCCGGCGGCUGGCGCACGCAAGCGCUGCUGGUGCUGAGGGCGGCGCUGGGAGUGACGCAGACGAGCUGGCUGGUGGACUCGCCGUGCGACAUCGCGGGCAACCCGCCCAUGCCCGGCAGCUGGGCGGGCGUUGCCUGUGACACCACUGGCAAAGUCGUACAGCUGGAGCUGCCCAAUCAGGGGCUGCGGGGAGAUCUGCCCGCUGACGUCUCCAAGCUCACUGCCCUCACCCGCAUCAGCAUGGCGUCCAACCUGGUGGAGGCACGCCUGGGCGAGUGGGCCACGCAACAUGGCGUCCAACCUGCUGGAGGCACGACUGAACGAGUGGGCCACGGUGCUCACCACCCUCAAGGGGCUCAAGCACCUGUCAGUGCCCGCCCUGCCCUUCCCUGCCCUGCACCCCCUGCCUUGCCUGCCCUCCCUGCCUUGCCUGCCCUCCCUGCCUUGCCUGCCCUCCCUGCCUUGCCUGCCCUCCCUGCCUUGCCUGCCCUCCCUGCCUUGCCUGCCCUCCCUGCCUUGCCUGCACCCCCUGCCUUGCCUGCCCUCCCUGCCUUGCCUGCACCCCCUGCCUUGCCUGCCCUCCCUGCCUUGCCUGCCCUCCCUGCCCUGCCCUCCCUGCCUUGCCUGCCCUCCCUGCCUUGCCUGCCCUCCCUGCCUUGCCUGCCCUCCCUGCCUUGCCUGCCCUCCCUGCCUUGCCUGCCCUCCCUGCCUCGCCUGCCCUCCCUGCCUUGCCUGCCCUCCCUGCCCUGCCCUCCCUGCCUUGCCUGCCCUCCCUGCCUUGCCUGCCCUCCCUGCCUUGCCUGCCCUCCCUGCCUUGCCUGCCCUCCCUGCCUUGCCUGCCCUCCCUGCCUUGCCUGCCCUCCCUGCCUUGCCUGCCCUCCCUGCCCUGCCCUCCCUGCCUUGCCUGCCCUCCCUGCCUUGCCUGCCCUCCCUGCCUUGCCUGCCCUCCCUGCCUUGCCUGCCCUCCCUGCCUUGCCUGCCCUCCCUGCCCUGCCCUCCCUGCCUUGCCUGCCCUCCCUGCCUUGCCUGCCCUCCCUGCCUUGCCUGCCCUCCCUGCCUUGCCUGCCCUCCCUGCCUUGCCUGCCCUCCCUGCCUUGCCUGCCCUCCCUGCCUUGCCUGCCCUCCCUGCCUUGCCUGCCCUCCCUGCCUUGCCUGCCCUCCCUGCCUUGCCUGCCCUCCCUGCCUUGCCUGCCCAACCUGAUCUCUCCCUCCCCCGCUCUCAACUACAACUGGUUCUCCGGCCCUCUGCCGUCCUACCUGCUCACUCUCUCGACCCUCACAACGCUCAACUUACAAUUCAACUACCUCACCGGCAGCAUCACAGGCGUCCCAGCAGCAGCCCUCAAGACCAUAAACGUGGCGUCCAACUUCCUGGCGGGCUCCUUCCCAGCCUCCUCCACCACCAUGUGUGACGCGCGCAACAACUGCCUGCUCGACGCCUCCAAGUGUGUCUCCUCGGGCUCCUCCGCGCAGCGCACUGCCACCGCCUGCAUGAUCUGCGGCUAUGCAAACGCGUCCACGCUGCUGUGCGGUGGGGGGGUGUGUGCGCCGAAUACUACCCUGGUGCUGCCGACAAAGACGCCCAACAGCGCUUCUGCUGCCGUGCUGCCACUCAUGUGCACUGGCGUUCGCGUCGACCCUGCUGCCCUCCCUCUGCCUCCUCCCACUGCCUCCUCCCUCUGCCUCCUCCCUCUGCCUCCUCCUUUUGCCUCCUCCCUCUGCUUGCUCUGCUGCUCACACACCCUCCUCCCUCUCCCAUGUGCCAUACACUCUGCCACCUCUGCGUUCCGCUCCCGCUCACCCACUCUCCCUCUCGGCCUCUUCACCCCCCUGGAUCCCCCUGCGCGCCUCCUUGCGUCCCCACUCCCCGCAGUGCCGAUUCUGGCAAACCUGAAAACAGCGCUGGGAGUGCCGCACCAAGGGUGGGGCGUGCAGACGCUGUGCACGGUGACGGGCAUCUACAGGGGCCCGCAGGACAUGUCGGCAGUCAACUGCAACAUACAGGGCGGCGUGGUCGACAUCUUCCUCAAGCAGCGCUUCCUGCGUGGCACCAUGCACCCCGACAUCUCCAAGUUCACCGCCCUCACCGCCCUGGACAUGUCGAGCAACUUCCUGUCGGGCCGGCUGGACCCCUUCAUCACGCCGCUCACCGGCCUCACCGCGCUGAAAUACCUCGUGAUGAGUUACAACUUCUUCUCGGGCUCCCUCCCCUCCACCAUCUCCUCCAUCAAGGGCCUAUACAUGCUGAGCGUGGGGUGGAACUACCUGACAGGGUCGGUGCCGGUGCUGGGAACAUCAACCCUGCAGGUGCUGGAUCUGGAGAACAACUGGCUCACCGGCAAAUUCCCCUCCACUGCCAACUGGUACUUCUGCACGGCGCGCGCCAACUGCUUCAUCGACCCCACGCCGUGCAAGAACAACAACAACCAGGGCAUCACGCAGCGGCCGUCCUGUGCCAUUUGUAACAGCGCGGAUGGAACGGGCACGUUGUGCGGUGGGAUUGUGGCCUGCCAGCCAGACCCGGCAGCUGUGAAGGCUGCUACUUCCUUCCCAACGACCAGCACUCCUGUGCUGCCGCUCACCUGCCCGCCUGUUCCGCCCGUCACCACUGACGCCACUGCAGGUACGUCUGUGGCUGUGCCUCAUGCUGCUGCUGCCACCAUGCACCUGCUGUCCCAAGUCCAUGCGAUUCACCACUGCUGCCCGUGUGCUUGCCCAUGCGUCUCACUGCUGCUGCUGCUGCCCAUACGCAUGCCUGUGCAUCAUCUCUCAUGCCCCCCCACUCCAUGUGCUUGCCCAUGCCUCUCAUCACACCUGCCCGUGUGCUCCACCGCCCCCGCCACCAGCAUCGGCACUGAUGAACAUCAAGACGGCGCUGGGAGUGACGUACACCAGCUGGGCAGCCUCCUCCUCCUGCACUGCUCAUCGGCACUGAUGAACAUCAAGACAGCGUUGGGAGUGACGUACACCAACUGGGCAGCCUCAGCCUCCUGCACUGCUGUCGGCAGCUCAGGGGGCGGCGGCUUCACGGGUGUUGAGUGCGACUCCCUUGGCAACCCCGUCAAGAUUUUCCCCAUCCUUAUUCCACCAUCCUUAUUCCCCUUCACUCUCUCCACUUGCUCCCACCCACCUUCCCACAUCAACCCCACGCCUGCCUCACCUUUUACAGCACCCUGGACACUCGCUCAAGUCGAACCUCUUCAGGGCGCGCCUGGACAAGUUGGUUCAUCAGAUUGCCUCGCCACCCCCUACUCUCGUCUCAUCCACUUUCAUUCUCUCCCUCCCCCCUCCACGCCUGUUUGCUGCAGCUCGCUCAAGUCGAACCUCUUCAGGGCGCGUCUGGACGAGUUCUCGAGCAGAAUUCCUGCACUGCCCAACCUCGCAGUGCUCCUGCUGGACUUCAACUGGUUCUUUGGCAGUCUGCCUCCUGCAGUCAUCGGCAUGCCCAAGCUCACACGCCUAGGCCUGUCCUACAACUACCUGACAUACCGCGUGCCGCCGGUGUCAGCAGCGCUCAAGGACAUCGACGUGAGAUUCAACUUCCUCUCGGGCUCCUUCCCGGCCAACACCGCCACCUCAUGCGGCGCCAGCAACAAUUGCUUUAAGGCCGUCACUGGGUGCACCACCAUGGGCACAGCGCAGCGCGCGACAGGGUGCAAUUUCUGCGAGGCCAGCAUGGGGCAGGGCAUGCUGUGCUACGGCCGCGGCGUCUGCACCGUCAACGCCUCUGUGCCCUUUGCUGCUGGCACGCCUAAUGCUGUCGGCGCUGCCACACUGCCCUUUACUUGCGUCAGCCGGGGAGGAGUGGGGGGAGCUGAGAUGCUGCUGACGCUGGUGCACCUGAGGCUGGUCCUGUUGUCAUGUUCAGCACUUCCUUUCCUUCAGUUGCAACUCACUGUCUCCUCCCACUCACUGUCUCCUCCCACUCACUGUCUCCUCCCUCUCACUGUCUCCUCCCUCUCACUGUCUCCUCCCUCUCACUGUCUCCUUGUGCCCUGCCCACCUGCCCACCUGUGCCUGUGUGUGUGCGUGCAGACAUUGUGUGUGGCACUGACUAACGCUGCCAUCUCAGUACUGCCUUCGGUUUCUUACUCUCUCUCUCUCUCUCUCUCUCUCUCUCUCUCUCUCUCUCUCUCUCUCUCUCUCUCUCUCUCUCUCUCCCUCCCCCUCUCUUCUCUCUCCCUCCUUGUGGCCCACCUGCGCCUGUGUGUGUGUGUGCAGACACCGUAUGCGGCUCUGCCUCGCCGGUCCUCUGUCCCAAUGACUGGCGCUGCACCGGUCUGCAGUGUAUCAUGA